AUGGACGACGUCCUCAACGAGCAGUUCGGCCGGGUCGAGAGGGCCCUGACCACCCUGGUCGACUCAAUCGCCGCCUACAAUCCAGCCACUCAAGCCGCAAUCGACCUCGUGGCCGCUGAUGACCAGCUGAGCGAUGGCCUCGACCAGCUCGCCAAACACCAAGCAAACCAUGGCCGCAUCCAAACCCUGCGUGCAGAGGCAGAUGCUCUAGAAGCCCAGCUCAGAGACUCGGUCAGGAAGCUUGCAGAACUACGUCGCGAACUCUUCAACACACCCGCAACAACAUUUUCUCCAGAAUCGCGUGCUGUGCCAUUUGACGAGCUCCUGCAGUACGCCACCAACAUCUCGAGGUAUACUGUUCCUCCGACAUAUCGCGAGCGCGUCCCCACCACCGACAAGGACGAUGACGAUGUGGGCUCGAGCGGUGCACCCACCAAUGGCAUGAACACGCCCGCCAUUGUGCCAGACGCCGUAGACCUACCCAAUGAUAGCUCCGAGGCACAGAAGGGGGGCGAAGACGCAGAUGGAGCUGUGCCUGACAUCACUGCUGAAGAGGAAGAGUGGCUCAGGAAACUGAAAGCCAGCAAUCUGGCAUGGUAUCCCUGGCCAAGCACCGAGAAGAUUCGUAACGGCAUUCUCUAUCGUCUCUCGUACUGGCGCGAGAAGGGCAACGACCUGGACCAGUUUGACAUACCGGCGUAUCUAGAAGAGCAAAGAAAGAAGGCUCUGGGUAACGAGGCGAGUCUAGAAGAGACUCCAGCAGAACCAACAGAGGAACAACCACAUCGGGAAGCCGCAAGGCCAACAAGGCCGCUUAGUGCCUUUACGGGUCUUGAUGAUAUGGAUGAAAUCAAGACGCGAAAGAGGGAGCGCGAUGUGGAUCCAGUUGAAAAGGUGGACGAGGCGCCCGCAAAACGACGCAGACAGAGCAUAGAUGAUCAGGUGAAGCUCUCGAAGCUGUACGUGGAUCUGGCCGCAGAGGAAGAUGACGUUCGCUUUGAAGCCGCCAAACAAAUUAUUGUCAGGUUCGCUCCUGACAACAAACCAGCCGCAAAAGACGUUGAGGAUGCCCUAGUACGACUGAUAAAAGGCUUGUGCAGUCAACGUAAAGCAGCCAGGGUUGGAUUCUCUCUUACAUUGACAGAGUUUCUCCGCCAGAUCUUCGGGGAGAAGAAGAGCGAAAUCGAGGGCCUGGAGCUCGAUGUAACAUCCAUCAUCAAAAUGGUCGAGGACAAGACGAAGCCUAAAGGCAAUGUGCCAGGAAAAGAACGACGAGAUCACACAAUCGGAAAACUUUUCGGUUUCAAGGCCAUUAUGCAAUCGUCAAUCCUAAUUGAGCCUCAGAUUUCUUUGGAAAGCUGGAACAAGCUACUCGACCAAGUUUACAAGAUGGCGCGCGACAUUCCUUGGCUACGCGAAGAAUGCGGCAUGGUUCUUGUCGAAGCCGUAAGGAGUUUGAAGGGCCAAUCACAGUAUCAAAAGUGUGUAGAGGAAUUGCUUGAACGCCUCAACUCAUUCCAGUUGAUUUCAACCCCUGAGGGUGUAGCUGUAUGGCUCACCGUCAAGGAAAGCUACCCCGAGGCCCUUCCAGAGGGUGUCUGGCAUGCCAAAGACCCCCUAUCAAAAAAGGAGCGCUCUCGCCUGGCCAAAAUCUUAAAGGAAGACUUCAACAAGACCGAAUCAGAAGCCGGGAAGAAAGAGACUACAAAGACUGGAACCACGAACCCGAAUCCGUCCUUUACCUGGGACCUAGCGUUCGCUGAGAUGCUGCGCAGAGACGAGGCAGCAAAAGAAGAUGCCCAGAACAAACCAGAGUUUCCGCAAUUUUGGAUUGACACCGUGGAUGGCAAUCUCUUCUCUUCUUCCGCGUCUCAUGAACGCAAAGCCUGGGGGUUCAAGCUACUAUCCAGCAUGGUUACACGAGUGCCUGAUUGGGCUGUAUCAGCACUUUUCAGUCCCAACCUGAUGCGCACCCUCAUCAACCAGAGCAAGAAGGAGGACAGAUUUCUCCACUCGGCCGCAUUAGCGGCGUUGAACUCAGUCCAGCUCCGGGUCGAGCAAGAAGACGGAACAGCGUUGCCCAUCUUUGUUGCGCUAACAUCGAAGAAUGGGAGUGUUGAGUUUGAUCGCAUCACAAAGACGAAGACACUCGAGCAAAUUCUUUUAUCAGCGGACGAUAAGAGCUUGAUGAAAAUUAUACGUCAUUUCAGGUCGUUGAUCCUGCGUCCAGACAGCGAGGACCAAGCGGUUGCUGACAGCCGCCGACAAGCCAUCGCGGACUUACUGCUGAGCACAGUCAAACUCUACAAACGAUACGAGAAGUUCAACGAGAAAACUUUCAAGAAGGAGGUUGUUCAUAGACAAGAAGGCCGCCCAUUGGAUGAGAGAAAAUCGAAUUGGCUCAGAGAGACCUUGGAAACGCUGGUAGAGUGUGCCUAUUUUGUCCCUGCUCAAAAUGCAGAAACCAAGAAAAUGCCACUUCCACCUGUCAGCGAUCGCAGUAGGACGGUAUUCCAGGAACGCCUCUCUUCUUGUCUGACGAAGUUGCUUGACGUCAAGCUUGGAAGCCGCGCAGAUGUCGCGCUACUGGUCAUUGAUAUGAUCAAAGCUAAGAGUGGAAAGUCUUCGAAAUUGGAACUUGUCUUGAAGGCAGACCCCUCCAUUCUGAGUACCAUUAAGCAAGCAUCAACGACUCUCGCCACUAUUUCUGAAGCUGGAUCGAUAGCUGGCAACGAGAUGGCUGCGCAAGGCUUCAUGCUUUUGUACUCGCUUACGCUUCUACAAGUUUACAAUGGUGAGGGCGACGCUGUUAUGAUGCUCGACGAUCUCGAUGCUUCAUACAAAGCUUUUGAAGCAUCACGAAAAGCUUCAUCGAAGAAGAAAAGGUCUUCAACGCCCGACGGCCAGAAUGCCUUUGUGGAGAUUGUGCUCUCGUUCUCGGGUAACGCACGCACACUGUUUCGUCGCAUAGGAGAAGAGGCAUUUUCUAUCUUUGCUUCAGAGAUCAGUGCUGAUGGACUCCGAUCGCUGACCGACAUCCUGGAUACGGAAGAAAACCUAGAAGGGCAGAGGGAACUUUUCAACCAGGGUGAUGAAGACGCCGAGGAAGAUGGAUCAAGCGAAGACGAUGAAGAUGAAGAUGAAAUAGACUCUGACGUGGAGAUGAUUGAUGGAGAAGGAUCCAAUGAUACUUCUGAGUCAGACUCCAGUGAUGGCGACAGCGACAGCGACAGCGAAGGAAACAGCGAUAGCGAGGAUGAUGAAGAGGAUGCUGAGUUGACACAGUUUGACAACAUGCUAGCCAUGACUCUUCAGACGUCCAAGCCAAACAUCAAUGACGAUGCAGCAGAAGAGACAUCGGACGAGUCGGACAUGGACGAUGAGCAGAUGAUGGCGCUGGAUCCACAUCUCAGCAAGAUUUUCAAGGAGAGGAGCAAGACAACAAGUAAGAAGAAAGAGCGGGAGGAUGCCAAGCAGAAUGUGGUCCAGUUCAAGUCGAGGGUGCUUGAUCUCCUUGCCAUAUACAUGGAGAAGCAAUACUCGAACCCACUCACGCUGGACAUCUUACUUCCAGUGCUUCGCCGCACUCGCGCCAAUGCAAACAAGCAGACGGCCGACAAGGCAGCUAAGAUGCUCAAGACCUUCUUCGACACCCGCACAAAGCACAAGGCCCCUCUACCAAAGCCAGAGAACACUGAGCCUGUGUGGGAGCUGCUAAAAGGCAUUCAUGAGGAAGCAAAGCUGGGUAACGGGGCCAAGGUCCAUGCAGACGCAUGUGGCUCCGCCAGUCUGCAUGUCGCGAAGGUACUCGUUGGCAUGGAUAGGGAAAACUAUGCUGGUGUGGUGGAUAUAUACGCAGAGACGCAGAAGCAGUGGUUCGCAGACAAGAAGUCUCCUCUCCAACCCGUGCUUUUUACGCAGUUCCAAAACUGGUCCGUUAACGCGCGGCAACAAGGAAAACUUGAGUCCAGCAAUCAACCCCAUUUCUUUUCUCCAUACAGCUCGCUCCCAGACAUGGCUUGCAAGCACGUCAACGCAUCCGAGCUGCGGCCCCCAGGCCCCACGCAAUCGGUCUACAGAGAAGACUGUACUCAAUGCUUCGACUCGAUCGACGACCCCACCGGCCUCGAUGUCUGCCUGUACUGCUUCAACGGAGGCUGCACGAGCGAUCGCAGCCAUGCUCUCCUUCACGUCUCAUCUACGAACCAUCCGCUUGUCCUCAACAUUAAGCGCACACGAAGGCGAGUCCAGCGUGACGAACCGCCUCAGAAGAUGACAAAGCUUGCUGUGGCAGCUGAAACCGAAUCCGACCGCUACGACACUACAACUCAAGUCAAGUGCUACGAGUGUGGGGUUGACGACGUCGAUAAGAGCUCUGGAAAGCUUCCGGAUAUCGUCGACGCGGUUCUCAAGGCCAACACAUUCGCCAAGCAGCAAGAGGUCAAGGCAUGGGAGCAAGAGCUGACCGCUUGCGAACAUACGCUGUGCCUCGAGCAGGAUGCAGCACGGCAAAUUGAGUCUCAAAAGCUGGGCCAUUGCUCAGAAUGCGAGCUGAAUGAGAACCUGUGGCUAUGUUUGUCCUGUGGUAACUUGGGUUGUGGUCGUCAGCAGUUUGGUGGCGUUGGUGGCAACUCACACGGCGUUGGUCAUACCAAAUCAACGGGCCACCCGGUCGCAGUCAAACUUGGUUCUCUCACUGCUGACGGUACAGCUGAUAUCUACUGCUAUACUUGCGACGAGGAGCGCAUUGAUCCAGAGCUACCAGACCACCUGGCGCAUUGGGGCAUCAACAUCAAAGACAGGGUGAAAACUGAGAAGAGUCUCACUGAGAUGCAGGUUGAACAGAAUUUGCGAUGGGACUUUGCCAUGGUGACGGAGGACGGCAAGGAGUUGCAACCAUUAUUCGGACCAGAAUUAACGGGACUAAAGAAUUUGGGCAACAGCUGCUAUCUCAACAGCACGUUGCAGGCUCUGUUUUCGAUGCCAGAGUUCAAGGAGCGGUACUACUUGCCUGAACAGGCGCCACCUGAUGCAGCACUUCCUGCAGAAGACCUGGAAACUCAAUUGCGCAAGAUUGCAGAUGGCAUGAUCUCUGGUCGGUACUCGAAGCCUGACACCGAUGUCAUUACCAAUGAGCAGAGUCCGGAAAUCCCGCACCAGCGCGGUCUUGCGCCUGCGAUGCUGAAGCACUUGAUUGGGCGAGGUCAUGCCGAAUUCUCUACAAUGCGGCAGCAAGAUGCCUUCGAACUGCUCCUGCACAUGCUCAAGCUCAUCUCUCGGUCACAGCACGUUGCACCCCACAAAGACCCUGUCGAUGCUUUCCGGUUUGUUAUGGAGCAGCGGCUACAGUGUGUUGGCUGUAAACGUGUUCGGUAUAGGACAGACGAACAGGAAAACAUUUCGAUUCCCGUCCCUAUUCGUAGGAUACCAAAGGAGUCGCAAAUGGAUGUCACUGAUGGCAACGGCAAAAAGGAAGAGAAGGAAGAGUUUGAACCUGUCUCUCUGAAGGAAUGCAUUGACAUUUUCACGGCUGAAGAACUGGUCGAGCUUACCUGCAGUGCCUGCGGUAGCAAGGAUGGGUUCACAAAGAGGAGCAUGUUCAAGACGUUUCCGUCGGUUUUGGCAGUGAAUGCGAGACGCUUCGAGUUGGUGAACUGGGUACCUACUAAGCAAGAUGUGCCAGUCAUCGUUAACGACGAGCCAUUCUCAUUUGAUGCCUACAAAUCAAACGGAUUGAGCGAAGGGGAAGAACUCCUUCCCGAUGAUGUGGACAUGGGGGGAGCUGGAGGAUCGGCAGGCAAGUGGGUCCCCAACGAGGCGGCGUUAUCGAUGCUCGAAGCCAUGGGCUUCCCAAGGGUCAGGUGUGAGAAAGCGCUACAUGCUACAGGAAAUGAAGAUGCUGAAGCAGCGUCAAACUGGCUGUUCGCGCACAUGGAGGAUCCUGAUAUUGAUGAUCCCGUAGACUUCAACGCUGGCUCGAGUGGGAACACAGCUGCUGCGUCCGCUAUUGAUCCCGAAAAGAUUGAGAAUCUAGGCGCUAUGGGCUUCAGCGCUCCCCAGGCACGACAAGCUCUCAAGGAGACAGGCAGCGACAUGGAGCGAGCUGUAGACUGGUUGUUCAGUCAUCCGGAUGCACCCGGCGACUUUGACGAAGGUGGCAGCUCCGAUGCCCCUGCUGAUGCGACGGAGAAGGCAUUAGCAGGUAGUGAUAAGCUGCCUGCGAACUUCCAGUUGCAGUCGAUUGUGUGCCACAAGGGAAGCUCGAUCCAUGCUGGACACUACGUUGCAUUUGUUCGCAAGCAACUGCAAAACGAACAGUCGGCCUCGUGGGUUUUGUUCAAUGACGAAAAGGUGGCCAAGGCUGCAGAUGUGGAGGAGAUGAAGAAGUUUGCCUAUGUGUAUUUCUUCAGGCGUUUGUAA